AUGAGUAAAAAAUUCCGAGAGAUUUCGGAUGUACCUGAUGUUGAUAUUGGCGAAGCUGGUUGUUUUAAAUACAUAUUGAUUGAAGUUCGCGAUCGUGGAACAACUUUUAAUCAAUCAAAACUUGUUGUUCGUGGUGAUGCCGCCUGUGGUUUCCAUGCUGAUGUUCUCGAUAUAAUGGAAGAACAAAUUGAUAAAGCGAAGUUAAAAUUAGAUUGUAAAGGUGGUGGCCGUAUUCGCGUUAAUCCUCAAAAACGAAUCAUAUCAGUUUAUGGCUAUUCUAUGGGUUUCGGUCGAGCUGAUCAUGAUAAAACAGUAGAGAUUCUCAAGAAACAAUAUCCACAAUGGACCAUAGAAAUCACAGACGAAGAAUAUUAG